CUCUCUCUCCCUACUUCGCAACGAUGCCGUUUUGCAACGUCGGAACGCAGCUACCCUCCCCCGUCGCCGACGUGCCCCUCAACAAUGACAUCAAGAUAUUCUACAGAACUUACGGUGGCGGUCCAACCAAAGUGCUCCUCAUCAUAGGAUUGGCCGCGACGCACGAAGCGUGGGGCCCACAAAUCAAGGGCUUGACUGGAGCAACCGUCCCCGACGACGUCGUUUGGAGCGAAGAAGAAGGCAAUGGUGGCAUCCAUGUAUGCGCGUUUGACAAUCGCGGCGUCGGUCGCAGCUCCGUGCCUGUCGAAAAAUCUGAAUUCUCAACCAAGAUCAUGGCGAAGGAUGCAAUUGCUUUGUUAGAUCAUCUAGGUUGGAAAAAAGCCCAUGUUUUUGGGCACUCGAUGGGAGCCAUGAUAGCUUGUAAAGUAGCAGCAAUGGUUCCUGAUCGAGUCCUUUCCUUGGCAUUGCUCAACGUGACGGGUGGAGGUUUUCAAUGUUUUCCAAAGUUGGACCAACAAACGAUCUCUGUUGCUUACCGAUUCUUGAAAGCAAAGACACCUGAACAAAGGGCUGCUGUUGACUUGGACACCCAUUACUCUCAAGAAUAUCUUGAGGAAUACGUUGGAACAGAUAAGAGGAGAGCCAUCUUAUAUCAGCAAUAUGUUAAAGGUAUAUCAACAACUGGGAUGCAAUCUAACUAUGGUUUCGAUGGUCAACUCAAUGCAUGUUGGGCACAUAAAAUGACUGAAACAGAGAUUGAGGUGAUCAAAUCUGCAGGCUUUCUUGUUUCAGUCAUCCAUGGCAGGCAUGAUAUAAUUGCUCAGAUAUAUUAUGCAAAAAGACUUGCUGAGAAGCUUCAUCCAGUGGCUAGAAUGGUAGAUCUUCAUGGAGGUCAUUUAGUAAGUCAUGAGCGGUCUGAAGAGGUUAAUCAAGCACUAUUUGACUUGAUCAAGGCAUCAAAAGUGAAUAUGAGCCCACAUGAUUGGACUAAUUUGCCAAAGAAAGAGUCUUGGUGGAAAGAGAAAAGGGUUUUGAUCAGAACAAACAUUCAGGCCGGAAGCAAUGUCUCCCUUAACUGCUGCAUGUUAGAAAAACUGCAUCUCUUCCUAUUAUACCUCUUUGGUCUUCUUGUUUUAGCAUUUGAAUAUGGAAGAAAGCUUCUAGGAAGCUUAAAACCAGCUCAAGCUGGAGGUUCCCCCUCAUAUAUUGAAAGUCAAUAACUCCUUUUGUUAAUAGGUGUGUAUUGUGUAAUUUGAUAAACCCUCAAACUCAAUGAUAAAGAUUACACGAAACUGAGUCUCAUGCAUGCGGCAAUGUUGACUUCGUUUUCUCAGCUGGUAACUGGGGUUUCUCUCAAGCAGCCAGAAAGCAAGAGAGAAUCCUUGAUUUGUGCUACUUGAGGCUUGCUUGACACUAAAAUAUCCCUUUAUUGACAAGAUGAAUUCCAUGUGCUCCAUGUAGCCUUCAAAGCGGGACAGAAGAGAGGAUGGAUGAUCCUCUUUCCUUUAUGUACUGUUAUAUGUUUCAUUAGAAUGCAACUCUAGAAAUCCUGGUCCAUACCACAUUUUUUUUGUACAUGAUGUUUAAUAAGUAUUUAGAAAUAAAAACUAUCAAAACCAAAUCACAGGAAAAACGUUUAACAUGAUUCUGCAUGCUUGUCUAUAUCAGCAGAUGAUUUAAAUGAAUCACAGGAUUUUCUAAUUA